GGCUCCCUGCGUGAUAAAAUAGCAUAGAUAUUCAAAAUAAGAUCCGUUCUGUAAGUAUUGAAAACAAUACCUCGUGUGCACUUCGCUACCAGCACCAACGUUGACAGUUGCUGAACCUUGAGUAAUGCUUGUAGAAUGAUUCGAAGUUGCUGCUGGUAAUGCCCCCUCUGUCUUACCAACGUCAACAUGGACGGUAUUCACCACGGCGAAAAAAAAGGCGGAAAACUAUUAUUCUGUAUGAAGUUUUCUCAUGUGAAUCCAGAUGGAAAGGGCAAAUCCAUAAGUUUUUCACAGGAACAAAAAUAACAAGUUUUAACAUUAAAAACACAUGUAGUUACAAUGCUUCACAGAGAAAAAAACCAUCAAUUCACAGUAAAUUAGUUAUAAUUACAGUAUAUAUAUCUGUUAAGCAAGAACAGGGAGUUCCGAUCUUUUUAAAAACGAUUUCCACUACUUUUAAUUGUUUAUUUGUUAUAUACAGCGAUACUUCAAUGUGGUCCAUUGUUACAGCCAUGGUUCCUAUGCUCCUGUGGUUCCUGAUACUGCGAUUGUUCUGUCAUGCCUUAUUUUUUAGGGGGUCGUCCUCGUCUCUUGGCAGGCUUUUGCUGGGUGAUUUGGUCAGUUAGUUGCAAUGUUAGUGCUGCGGAUCUUGUUCAUGCUGCAUUGCGACGGUGCGGUCAAUGUUGCUAGCAGAAGGAAUUACUUGCUGAGAGGAACUUGCUCAUAAAGAUGUGUCAGACGGACUUUUAGCUUGCUGUAUAACGUUAUCUGACGUGAUGACCGAGUCCACAGGUAUAAGAAAAGCAC